AUGGUAAAGCGAUGUACCCGCAGGCAGUUCAAUGGAAACGAAUUGGCCAAACUGAACCGCGAUGCAAAACACGAAUGCUACCAGCCGGGCCAGGCUGUUGUGCGCACGGGUGAAUGGAUCGUCAGGCUGAAAUCCCGCAGGCUGGGCGCGGCUGCGCACGCGAGGCCUUCUCAGUGUGCCAAAGGACACGCAGGGGACACCCGCAUGCCACUCCCGAACCACCCGUCUCAAAGCCAGUGCAACCAGCUCUCGGCGAAUGGGGCCAUCCAACACAUCAACAUGACGGCAAUCGGGCCCUUUCAGAUCAUAACCUGCGUGAACCACAAGCCCUGCGUUCUGAUGGCGCAUGCUCCAAUUUCCUGUCCCUCGAAAAAUCUCGACACAAUCAAAGAGAAUGCCUUCCUCAAGGGGAAGCAGCUUCGCCAAUCUGAGCCGAGCACACGGAGGACUGACGAUCCCCUUUAUGCCGUCAAGCUCAGCACCGAACCGCACGCCCGAGGUUUUGAAGCGCCGUUUCUUGUCAUCGUUGAGCACAAGGCCGACUUGGCGAUAUGCCCGAGAAGCAUUGUCCAUGAUCUGGGUGUUCCGUGCCGGCAAGCGCUUGCUGAGGUCAACAAUCCUAACCUUUUGGAUACAAAUGUGGUCAUCGAUAGCCAGCAACUCAACACAAUCGGUCCUAGGUACGGGUUGCCGAUACAACAUCACUUGCCUCCUGUGCGCGAAGCUGGCCUUCAGUCUUUCCCUGAACGUGAGUGGUUCGAAGACCCAGAGUGGAUCAGCGAGAUCUGCCUCUUAGAUUCCCGUGUGACCAUUGGCGCUGCAGCCAAGGGUGACAACGUGGCCGACGGCCCGUCCCGGGGCUCUGCAGUGCCACUGCCUUCUCGAGGCAAACCUCGUUGGCUCGAGAGACUACUCUUGGGAGACGCCCGGGAGUUCGACAAAGUUGUGCUGUCUGCAAGGAUCAAGAAGAUCCCCGCUCGGUGGUUGCGCUUCCUGUUGCUGUUGGGUGGCGACAUCGAACGUAACCCCGGUCCUGCGCCUCAACGGCGCCGUGGGCCGCUUGACCUGAAUGCUGGCUUCGCGCCCAGUACUGCAAAGAAGGUGCAGAAGAGCUUCGCUGCCUUUCGUGCCUGGCUCGCUGCGACGCUCACCUGUGCUCCUGAGGUUGUUUUCGAAAGUAGUGUGACCACCGCGACUGCUCUCCGAGGGUGGACAAAAAGUGGCAGCGUGGCCCUCGCGUUACUCUGGGACUGGAAGUUGUGGGCUGGCCUCGUCAUGAUCGGUUUUCUGGCUAUGCUGCACCCUGGCGAGCUUGUAGCCCUCACUCGUAAAGACUUGGUCUUCCCGGCGGACACGCUUGGUUACACUUCGUCACUUUUCGUGCACUUCAGGAACCCAAAGACCUCACGGUUUGCGCGCAGGCAACAUGGCCGCAUCGAUGAUCCCUGUGCAUUUCGUUUCCUGGAGUCGUUGUACAAGGGCCUUGGUUUGGAACAGAAGCUGUACCUGGCCUCGCUGCGCAGUUUCCGUCGGCAGUGGGACGCCGUCUUGUCAAGACUGGGCCUCCCAUGCCGCGCCGCGCAGCAGGGUGCGACACCUGGCGUUUUACGCGGUUCUGGUGCCACGCACUUCUACAUCUGCACAGAGAACAUUCCUUUGUUGGCCUGGCGCGGACGCUGCGCGAGGACGAAGACAUUGGAAUACUACUUGCAGGAGGUUGCAGCCCAAGUUCUUUUUCUUGGUCUUUCAGACAGCACUCGCUCACGGAUUCGCGUACUGGAUGAAGCAUCCGAUGCUCUCGUGGAGUCCUUUUCGAGUGCUACGCAGUAA